AUGAAUUUGGAGGCUGCAAAAGCUGAAGACCUUUCGGUAAGCUAUGACAGUUGACUUCAGAAGACUAGUUAUACUACAAGUUUGCACCAUGUGUAUCUAAAUUUUUAAAUAUUAUAUUACUGUUCUUGCUUUAUAUCUUAUAUUUUUUGUCUUAACAUUCAUUCCAGAGUACUUUAUCUUUCCAUACCGUCGUUUCAGGGUGAGAUGUACCGUCGAUUGUAUAUGACAGAAGAGCUAGAGGCUCUGAAGUUAUCGAAAGCUGAUUCUCGGAUCGUGAACACGGCUUGUGAAGACCUGGUGAAGGCAGCUGAAUACUUUUACAACCAUCCUGUCGAGAAGCCGUCGCUCAGUUUCAUCACAAAAGAGUUCGACUUCAUCGUCAAAAGUGGCAAGGUGGAUAUUUAUGUGGAGAAGUUGGUCGAGUUCUUCAAGAAAGCUUGCGCCAUACAGGUAGUACUAACUUUAAAAUGACAGGUUUUAACAAAAAUUUGUAUUAAUGGUUCUAAACUUGAAUACAACUUGCUUUUUCAAGUAUUUAGACGUCAUAUUGAAAGCUAUUUGUCUACUAUAAUAUAAUUUAAAGAACGUUUCACACCUUAACCUUUCAGCUUAACAACGCCAUAAAAGGUGAUACUUCUCAGCCGUUGGAGUUGAUCACCUUCUUGUGGAAGAACUUACUUCGUUUAGUCAUCUUUGUCCACACCCACUUCUGCCCUCAGGCUUUUCCUGACGUUGAUUUGAGAGAGCGACUGGUCGGUCUGGCCAAAACAGUAUUUGCAAAUCAAGUGCUGGCAUACCCGCUUUUCAGAAACAUUUCUAUUACACACUUUGAAAACACGUAUGUUUGCUGUUUAGUACUGUGCCGGCUUAUAUGGUAAUGACGAUGUUUAUAACUUUUAAAUUUAAAAGACGAUUUGCGAGAACUUGCGUCCGCUGAAAUAAGGGGUGUGCCUUAGAAAUUUUACCCUAUGAUUUUUUUGGAUAAAAUACAUCCUUAGGUAUUCAAAAACAAUUUCCUAAUUUUUUUUUAAAAAAAUACGUUAUAAUGACGGAUUUACUAUGUUGCCUUUGCCGUGCAAUGGUUUUGAAAUUUUGUAUGCAAGAUUAAUUUUUUAUUUUCUAUAUUUUAUCUUAUUAUGUCAAACUUAUAAAAGUGGUCCUAAUACUCCAAAAUGGUAUAUGCAUACAUAAAAUGCACCGUUUCUUAAGAAAAUUACAUUAUCGUUAUGGAUUUUUUUUUCAUAUUCGGAAUCAGCGUAAAAUUCUGCUCUAGACGUCGUCUAGACGGCACUAUUCCCGAUUCUGGAUCGCGCGGUAAAAUUUUCAUGGUCUAACUGGUAGCGCGUUAUCCACCCGACCGAAACCACACGGGUUCGAGUCCGGUCAGAGGACAAGGCCCAAAAAUGGCGGGAAACGAUAAAAUAAAAACAAAAAAUAAAAUAAACGUAAGAUUAAGGUAAAACUAAACUUGUAAUACCAAAAUAAAAGUGUUUUAUUAAUAUUUUUAUAUUUUUACUGUUAUAAUGUCUGAUAAAAAACUUUUUUUCAAAUUUGGACAAGUUGAAAGAUAAACUAUCCCACCUACCAUAAUCUAUCCUAUCUAUUAUACCAUAACUUAUCCUAUUUACCAUACCACCAAACCCUACAAUACCCUAACAUAUAAUACUAUAUCACCCAACAUAGUAAAUCCGUCAUUAUGACGUAUUUUUUAAAAAAAAAUUUAGUAAAGUGUUUUUGAACACCUAAGUAUGUAUUUUAUUCGAAAAAAUCAUAGGGUAAAAUUUCUAAGGCAACCGCCGAUUCAAACUCUCGCGAAUCGUCUUUUAAAAAUAAUACUGUAGUUUAGUAUACACUACCCUUAGGAUAUUGUAAAGUGAAUGAAAGUACUGAUUAUUAAAAUUUUUCAGUGUGAAUGUGCAUAAAUCAGCCAAAGCCUUAAACCAGAUUUCGCCAGUCUUCUUUACUACGUAUCUGCAAGAGAUACCAUUGGAUUACAACAAGAAUGUCGCCGAGAUGGCAGAGUCUUCCAUGCAUCCGAGAAAGUACACUCAGAAGAUCGUACAGUGGCUUGAAGACGAGAUGAAGGCUGCCAGGAAGAUGGACUUCACGCAAGGUCAACUAGAACACUUCAAAAAGGUAUCAUGAGUAAUAUUUUAUGCAGAAACAGUACCAAAGCUAUUAUUUUGUUGCAAGGAUCUUUGCAAGGACAUUUUUAUAAGUAUUGCAUCUUUCAGUUCUUGUAUAACACAUUUGUCGCUGGAUAUCUGACAGGAUUGCUGAAGAAAGACAACAGCUUCGAUAUUGUACUUGAACAUCUGGAUUGUGCAGGUAAAAUAAAGCCAUAUAAACAAAAGUAAUGUAUUUGUAGUGUUUGGAGUAUGGUUUAAUUUGUUCAAUAGAGUUGAGAACGGUCUGGACCAGUUGAUGGCAUUGUUGACCGAUUACAUGACCAGAAAAGCUCAGUUUUUCGCUGAAAAAAGAGGAAAAACUGAGAAAAGCUCGCUUCCGACCAUCACUAUUAGGGUAAGGUGCCGCGGUAUGCCGUUUUUGACCAAUUUUUAAAGUUAAGAAGAAGUAAAGACAAUUAUAAACUUUUUUUAAUUUCAUUUUUCCAUUUUUUUACUGUAUAAAAGGACAUACAAGUAUUCUGCAGCCUGCACAACAUAGGGCGCACAUUGUUUUCUUUCAGGAUCUGAUCUCGUUCAAGAAUGUUAUCGACCAAGUCCAGACGGAAUGCUGCAAAGGCGAUUCGGCCUUCCAAAGCAGAAUCCAAUCGGAAUUGCAUCGUGUCUUUACUUCUGUCACGAAAUUCGCUGAAUUCUUGGUAAUUUACUUUGACAUUGAGCUGCGACAAAACAAGGUGGACCAGAUCGACAAUGUUUUGGGACUGGUACACUAUGUGAGCAACAAGGAUGAUUUCGAGAAGUAAGUUUGGUGUUUUUAUAUUGUUUUAGUGGUAUUUUCUUGCAUGAAAAGAUUCAUGUUUAAGUGAAUUGGCAUAUUGUUUUAGAUUGUACAAGAUUUACCUUGGCAGACGGCUGGUAGCGAUCAAUGGUUACAACAUGGACUUGGAGAAGGUUGUAAUUGACUCCUUGAAGGUUGGUUUUACUUGUGUUUAGAGACAGGAGUGGUUAAAACACAUUUUAGACUAAAGUUAUAUUGUUUUAGGUAGAGUUUGGCAACGCGUACACGAGAAAGAUGGAGAAGAUGUUUGCUGAUGUAGCGACAUCUGCGGAUUUGGUUAAGGAGUAUGGUGCACAAAUGGGUAUGGUACCAGAGUCUGGAGCUCUCGACCUGAAGUCUGGUCUCUCCUUUUCGAUUAAUGUCAUAACUCCUGGCUUCUGGCCUCAGAUGAACUCUCUGGCACCGUGUAGACUUUCACAAAAGUUGGCUUCAGCGUUCCACUCUUUUGAAACAUUCUACACGACUAAGUAUCCCACCAGGAAGCUGGGGCUGAUAAUAUACAGUGGAUAUGUUGUGAUUGAGGCCAGAUUCUAUGGCCCUGAGGCGAUUGAAGUCACUAAAAGGAAGAUUCAGCAGGUACGGAGGGGCCUUGGGGUGGUUUACAGAUGGGACGUUAUAAGAUGUAUCAUAUUAUAAUAUAAAAUUGGUGUAAACUGAGUUGAUAGUGAUUAAAUUUUGUUUUAGAAGGACGAUGCGCAUCAUCAGAACGUUGGUCAGUUCUCGUCCAAGAAGCUGGUUUGCACCCCAGUCCAGUGUGCCAUUCUGGACCUGUUCAACUCGUGUUCGUACAUUGAUUCUAAUGUCAGUUAGGUUUACAAAGUUACAAUAUAAAAGUCAAGAUAUACUGUAAUUUUAUAUUUUUUCAAAGUAUACUGUAAUAGUGAGGACUUCAAGGUAUACUGUAACUUUAUAAUUUUUCAGUGUAUACUGUAAUUUGUAUUUUAGAAAGUCAAGUCCAUGGGCGACAACGAGCUGAGAAAGGGAAUUCCGUCGCUAGUCCGAGCCAAGAUCCUGGUCAAAGAGGUGGUGGUGGACGAGAAUAACAACGAGAAGGAGGUAUUCUACGUGAACGACACCUUCACUCACAAGAAGGGCACCAUCAACUUGACCAAGGACUCAAGGGCUGACGAGGCCAAAAACAAGAAGAUCGAUGUCGCGGUAAGAGACUUGACCAUGAGGGACUUGACCUUGUUUUAGCUAUUUUGAAUGACUACUAUAAGGUACCAAAUAAUGAUAACUGAUUUUGUUGCAACUUCUCAUUAUUGUCGCAGACUUAUAUUUUCAUUUCUAGAAGAUUAACCAAGCUUGUCGCAACCUUGUCGACGCCGCUGUCGUCAGGCUGAUGAAGCUUCAGAAGUCGAUGCUCCACGAUGAACUGAAGCAGGAAGUUGUCGCCGCUCUGGAUCGACCGGUCGAAGAGAAACUGUUCAAGAAGUCCAUCGAGAACCUGAUCGACCAUCACUACUUGAGUCGCGACACUAACAACAUAAAACUCUAUACUUAUGUCGAAUAA